CGUGCGUGUGUCCCCUGAUCCUGAUCCAUGAGGGAAGCGCGGUUUGGUUUGUGCGACUCUCCUCAAACCUGCGGGGAGUUUGGACUGUUUGGUCAACGAUAGUGGUUCCUAGAAAAGAUCUGAAUCGUUUUUUAUAACCAAAACCAGCUGCAGUGCAUGUGUGUGUGUGUGUGUGUGUGUGUGAGAUCAUUAUGUGGAGGUAGAGGAAGGGGCGUCUGCGCAAAAGAGAGAGAGAGACAGACAGGGAGAGAGAGAGACAGAGAGACAGAGAAGUUUGGUAUUUUCCCUUCCCUUGACUUUUUUUAGGCAUGAACGCCGAGACCUGUGUUUCAUACAGCGACAUGACAUCCAUGGAUUCAUAUUAUAGCCCCACUGCAGCGCAAGGUAGGGACCACCACCACCACCACCACCACCACAUCACGGACCACUUUAGGACAUCAUUCCCCACCGCCGACACCAAAUACAGCCCCAUCACCGCCUUCCUGCCCAACAAAGGUCAGGCUUACGGAGGAGAGAAGAGCCGCAGCAGUCCCUUCCAGCAGGAGGGUCUGCAGUCAUUGGAUGCGGCAGCGGCGACGGGGCAAAGCACUUUCAGUAAAUACCACCUGUUUAUGCAGAGGUCCUCUUCCUGCAAGACACCCGAGGAGGAGGACGACGUGCACCAGGAGAGGGGACACAACGGCGCGCUCGUCUCGUGCUAUGGUAAAGACACUUCAGGUCUGACCGACACCGAAUUGGCUCCAGACUCCGACCCGCCGGGAAUGGACACCAGCUACCUGGCUGUGAAGGAUCAAGGCGUCAAGGCGUCCUCGGACAGGCUGCCGGGCGCCGACUUGGCGAGUCCUCUGGACAAAAGCGAUGGCGGCGAGAGCAACAAGGGCAAGAAGAGGCGCAACCGCACGACCUUCACGAGCUACCAGCUGGAGGAGCUGGAAAAGGUUUUCCAGAAGACGCACUACCCUGACGUUUACGCUCGGGAGCAGCUGGCACUGAGGACAGACCUGACCGAAGCUCGUGUGCAGGUUUGGUUCCAGAAUCGACGAGCGAAAUGGAGGAAGAGGGAGCGCUUUGGUCAGAUGCAGCAGGUCCGGACGCACUUCUCCACGGCUUACGAGCUGCCUCUGCUGACACGACCUGAGAACUACGCACAGAUCCAGAACCCCUCCUGGAUCGGAGGCAGCAGCGCCGCGUCUCCCGUGCCGGGCUGUGUGGUCCCCUGCGACACCGUGACCCAGUGCAUGACCCCUCACCCCCACUCUGCCAGCGGGGUGUCUGAUUUUCUGGGCGUGCCGAGCCCCGGGGGUCACGUGGGGCAGGCUCACAUGGGCAGCCUGUUCGGAGGGUCCCCCGGCAUGGCCGCCGGCAUCAACGCGUACGAGCUCAACAUGGACCCAGACCGCAAGUCGUCCAGUAUCGCCGCCUUGCGCAUGAAGGCCAAAGAGCACAGUGCAGCCAUAUCUUGGGCCACAUGAUGCGUCAGUAAAUGCUGGAUGGGGGAACUUGUUGACCCCCCCCGCCCCCCCCCCCCUGCCCCCCAGAGGCCGAAACAAACCUACCAUGGCACGAAAGUAGAGAAUUGUGCGGGCGACGGUGACUACCUUUAUGAAUGUUGCAAUAGAAUAAUUAUGCAAACACACGGACGGAUGAAGACAAACGAUUUUGGGUAAGAUCAGCGGCGCCGUUCUGCCGCGUGUCAGCAGCUCCGGCGGGAGAGAAAGCGGCCGCAGCGGGAGGCGGAUGCUGUGCCGUAUAACAGAUGUUGCCGUGUACAGGAAAAAGUCAAAAAGUUAGAGAAAAAACAAAAAGAAUAUCAAAGAAAUCCAUGCACUUAUUUGCUAAAAUACAGGAAAUUCUGUUGUAGUUCCUCGUUCAGGUGCUGUUUUAUUUUUUACCUUGUUAUUUAAAGUUUGGAGUGUUCUUCUUUUUAUUUCUUUGCCCUGACACAACUACAAAAAUUCACAUUUAGGUUUGUGCCGUGUAAAUAUUAUUUGUAAAAGACAGCCUUUAUCAGCGUUAGCACGUGCCUCACCUGAAGUCGCGUCGGUGCUCGGAUAAAGUUACCGAAAAAAGCAUUUAUAUCCAGUAUUUUAGUAACUGCGGAACUCAAACGUGCCUCCGUCUCAAAGUCAACAGAGACAGAUCCACCUGCCGCACCUGAGAGAGGGGGAGGGAGAGAGGGAGGAAGGCACGGAGGAGGAAGGCGGAAGUGUCCGUGGGCGCACAGGGAGCAGGGGCGCAGCAGGCCUGCUGCUCUCCGGGCUGCGGAGAGCCAGCUCUGUUUUCACCACGACAGACUCUGAGUGGACGUGACUGUGCCCUGUGCAUUUCCACUCUCAGGAGUUCCAGAGAGAAGUGCCUACUCGUCAGUGGGAGCCGCCAGAAAUAACAGGGGGGGGAAAAGCAGCAGCUCUCACCUUUGAAUCAGAGGCAGCUGGUGGACGAAGCACUGAAAGGACGUCAGUGUUCAAGCGCCUUUAACUCGACAGUGAUUGACAGAUCGAUACUCACGACAGCAACAAUGGAACCAAUCGGCCACAUUAACGCAGACCUUAAAGGUCCAGUGAUAUGUAAUAUUUAGGGGCUUUAUUGGCAGAAACUGAACAUACUACGCAUAAGUAAGUUUGUGUUAUAUGGCUUCGUGUGUCUUUUAUAUUUCUGCAGCAGCUCCAACAGAUAAAACAGCCACUUUUUCUCAUUUUGACGCAGAAGAGACGCAAACUAAGAACAAUGGGGGUUUUUUUUGGUAUGCAAAAGUCAAUAUUAUGUUCUUUUGAGAAUAUUCAGAUAACCCAAACAUUAUUAUUAUUAUUAUUACUUACCAUUAAUCCCAUGAGGUUGAACUCUUUGUUAAACGUUUGUAUCCUCGGUGUGGAACCAGAAACUCUUCCAAACGCUACGUUGUCCACUCAGGACGAAGGUCUACCGUGUGUGUGUGUGUCCUCCAUCUUCACAGCAAACAACACACCACUGUUUUCUUCCUGUGAUGGGCCAAGAGGUCAUUCAUAGUGGAUGUUUAGGCCACGCUGCGCUCACAGCGCACUCUGCUGGACCACUCAGUCAUGACUGAGUCUGCUGUGCUUCUAGGCUGUACAGUAUAUUUUGAACUCCUCCAGGUUCAAAUCUAAAUUUGACAGCCACGUCUCAGCGUUAGAUGUCGCUAAUUCUGACACGCUGAACCUUUGAGGUGUAAUAGACGCAGCGAGUCACGCGGCGGGGUUGUGGUAAGGGCUGUUGCCUUGCAGCAAAAAAGACCCAGUUUUGGGGGAACCAGGGACUGGGGUUUUCUCCACAGGGGUUAAUUGGACACUCUAAAUGAACAGUUAAUGGUUGUUUGUGUCUGUGUGUUGGUCCUUGAAGUUGGACUGGUGACCCGUGCAGCAAGGUGUUACCCCCCAUCUUCUUACCCCUGCUGGGAUCGGCACCAGCAGCCCUGUGACCGUCAUGUAGAGGUACGAGCAUCGUCAUCAACCAGACUCAGGGGCCAAAUUAAUCUCCACCCCCCCAACUCUCAGACUGACUCCAAUUCCUUUUUGUAAUCAUUUAUUUUGCAAACAGGAAGUUCAGUGUCAGCUGAGUUCUGUGUUAUCAUGUUGUGGCUUUACAAAAACGCGCGGAGAGGUGUGUAGUCACGUCGUCGUGCAACACACUCACCUCCUGGAAUCAGUUAGCGUUGGGGCACCGGUUGGUUUUGUGGGUCUCGGGUUUCUGCCAUGUGUACCGUGUUGCGUUUGCUGUCCUUGAGGUGAACUUGGAGGCAACAGGAGCCCAAUUGCGGCUAUUAACCUCGAAAAGGUUAAUCCAGUCAAAGUAGGGAGAGCAGAAGACGUUCGCGGCCGCACUGCAGUUGUUUUUUUUAAACACCGUGUACAGUAUUUUACCUGUUUUAAUACGACCACUGACAUGUCAGAGUAAAGGAGCUUCCUGUUUACUGCUAUCUGAGCUUGGAGCAAUAUGUCUUGUGUUUGUCUCUGUGUGGAACGAGAUGAGGUCGAGGUUCAAUUUCACCAGAGAUAAGCAUCAUCUCUCUGAACCUCAAACAUUUCCUUAUGUCCAUGUUCUCGUAUCAUUUAUAUAUUCACAAACUAAAGCUUGUUUUCGCCCCCGUGGUUACGGCCUCCUCCAGUGACAGGAAUAGCAGAUGAGGUAAUAGGCGAUGAGGGUUGUGCAUGUUCUCCCUUUGUUUCCGCGGUCUGGUUUUAAGCUCGAAGCAUAACAGCGGGUUUCAUGGUCUUGAAAAGCGAAACCCGAUACCCCGUGGUACACCUUCAGGCUGAGCGACCGUCGCUAAUUCUCUAAACUGAACCACAUUCGCUGUCCUUCUGGGCAGGUAAGAGAAGCAGAGCGCAGGCCGUGACCUGUCAGCCGAGCCAAUCACCCGCAAGUCGCCCAAAUUAAAUUCACGUCUUCUCUGCGCUCCAAAUCCAAGGCAUGUGCACGAUCUUGACCACCGAUCUCAAAAGGGGAUUGGGUCUCCACACAAACGUGGAUGUUGGGGGAGAGGGGGUUGGACGGAGGGCGAGCCCGGGAGGGCGUCUGCUGUGUUCCGGUGUUCUGGGGAAAAAAAGGACAGUGCACACAGCUGCGCUCGAGGGGUAAAUGCAAAACAAACAUGCCUCACACAUGCUUCCCCCUCAGCUGUCAUGGCUCCGCUUUCAAAGUUUUAGCCCCCGCCUCCUCCUCCUCAUCACCCACCUCAGCAGCAUCCCACUGUCUCUCAUUUUAACUCACUUCCACUUUGUCCACUGGCCCAAAGCUGCAGCCACGCCAACACCCUUACUCCCCCCCCUCCCCACCCCCACCGCAGGGUCCAGCCAAAGCAGGAAGGCUUUUUAAUUAACACUGAGCCAUGUGGAGGACGUGCACUGCUGCAGUAUUGUAUAUCAGGACAGACAUGGCUGUCCAUCUUCGAGCUGGUUUUUAAUGACCGUUCCUCUGAACACGUCGCCUACUUGCCUUCAGGAGCUCAGGUUUACACAAAAGACAGUUUCUCAACUUCUCCACGUCACGUCUUCCUCCGCCCCUCUUUUAAUCUCCUCUUUUAAAAACACGUUUAAAAUGAGUGUUAAUUCAAAAGCGUCCUCCUCCUGUAUGCUGCAUAGAUAAGUCCAUGUCUGAUUGAUGACGUCAUCGGCCACUUUUCUCAUUUUCUUAUACUACUGAAGUCAGACAAUCAGUAUAUGAGUAAUGUGUGUUAAUUAGAUGUUUUAUUUUGAGACAAUUUAUCAAGCAUUCUUUUUUUUUUAUGUUAUUUUAUUUGGUGGUACAUUGUAACGUUGUAUUUUAAAUGUUGUGUUUUCCCCCCCUCCCCCUUGAUACGUAAAAAUUUUACGUGUGGCUUCAAGCUGCCUUCUAAAAACGAGUGUAUGAAUUUACUCAUGCUUGUGUUACAUUUGUGUGUGAUUAAAGUACAAUAAGUUAUUGCA